AUGAUAAAAUCAAAAACAAUUAUUCAAAAGAUCAUUAGUCUUGCAUUAAAUGAUUGUUUAGAUUGUUAUAAUAAAUUUAUUUGUCAGAUUAGAAUGAAAACUUUUAAGUCAAAAGUAGAUUUUAGUUUAGUUAUCAACUUUGCAUUGGUCAGUCAAGAAUGGUUUAGCAUUAUAUCAAGCAAUAUAGUUACAGAGCAUUUUUUGAGCAACCCAGGUUAUAUAGAUAGAAAAUUUGUUAAUAUCAUCCGCAAAUCGGUUUAUAAUCUUGCAGCACAUAGAUCAAUCAUUAAGUUUGAUAGCGUCAGAGAUCUCUACUUUCAUGAUCAACUAUAUCGAUCACAGGGUUACUACUUGGAUUCAGAUAUCAUUCAAUACAUCUCGUAUUUUAAAAAUGUCGAUCGAUUGUUCAUUCAUACAAAGAAUAUGGAGUUGCUGAGAGAUAUCGUCAACUAUAAACCACACAUCAAAAUACAGUUGUUUCUCAAUGAUUCUAUCUUUGAAUUCCCACCGAAUGAAACCGAGUCAAUAAAAGAUAUCGAUCGAUCAUCUUUAGAGAAAGUUACACUCUUUACGGCUGAUUUAUCUUAUUAUACUCCGUAUGAAGUUUUUAUUCAAUUCGACUUUAGUCCGAUCGAUCGUUGGAAUGUUGACACUGUUUACUUUGAAUACGAUGAUGGAUGUCAUGGCAGUGGUGUACUUCAUUUAUCAUAUGCCAAUCUAUUUGCAAUCGAAUCACUCAGAUCGGUUGAAAUGUGUAAAUCCGACUAUCAAGAUAUAAAAGAGUUGAAACUUAUCGUUAACAAUCAUAUCAAAUCUUUUAAAGGUCGUACGAUAUUUGGUUUGUUUGGUUACGAUGAAAACGAAAGACUAAAUCGUAAUUGUGCUUGUACUCAUGGAUUUAACCACGACUUUAGAAGGAUGAUAUCAAAUAACAAUCAAACAAGUGAAUGGAUUGAAUUCUGUCAUCGACUAUCGACCAACACAACCCUUAAAGAACUUGAUUUGCCCAAUUUUUGUACUACACACAAGAUAAGAGAUCAAUCGAUAUUAAAAUUGGUAUCAGAUCAGUUUGCUCAAGCAUUAUCGAUCAACACAACGCUGUCAGCACUUGGAAUAUCAUGUGAUGUAAUUGGUGAAUCUUUCUACACUCUUCUCUCAAACAAUAGCAAUACAACAAUCACUAAACUUAAAAUUUACAAUCUCGAUGACCAACAUCUUCUUUGGACUGCAAAUAUAUUGAAAUCAAACAAACACAUCAAGAAACUAAACAUUGAAUCGUAUUUUGAUAACUAUGAUUGGGCAUCAUCAGAACUAUCAUUAGUAGAAAAGUAUAUAGAGACAGUGGAUGAUAUUGAUUCAAACAUACCUAAAAUCAUUCUAUGCCACAGUAACAAAUUUGAAUUUUUGAAAGAAAUGUAUUUCGAAGAGUUGUUAAUGGAAUCAUCUGCCAACCUCGAACUUGUUAAAAAAGAACGGAAUGAAAAAAAUAUACAACUAUCAAUAAUUAGAAAACAAAAUUAA